AAUUUGUAUGACUUAAAAUGUAUUGAAAGAACUUUUUAAUUAAUAGUAAAAUUGGGGUGUUAAUCUAACUUUUUGAAUGCUCAUAUAGAAUAGGAUGACAUAAUGCCCACAUACUGUUUGACAAUAUGCUUCACUGAAUAAGUUCCUCAAAUUGGUGUAGCAGUCUAACUUCUUGAGUGCUUGAAUAGAGUAGGAUGACUUGAUGGUCACAUUGAUGGUAUUAGCAAUGCUAGGAUUAGUAAGUGCUCGAAUAGAAUAGGAUGACUUGAUGUGCAUAGUAUAGUGGUCGUCUGGGAGAGUGUAUAAGAAUAGUACUGCAAAUGAUGUGCUAGUAAUGUUGGAAAUAGUAAGUGCUCAAAUAGAAUAGGAUGACUUGAUGCCCACAAUAUAGGGGUUGUUUGGUAGAACGUAUAAGAAUAGUACUAAAUAUAAUGGGAUUAGUAAGUGCUCGAAUAGAAUAGGAUGACUUGAUGCCCACGGUAUAGGGAUUGUUUGGUAGAGUGUCUAAGAAUAGUACUAAAUAUGAUGGUAUUAGUAAUGCUGGGAUUAGUAAGUGCUAAUAGAAUAGGAUGAAUUGAUGCCCACAAUAUGGGGGUCGUUUGGUAGAGUGUGUAUCAAUGAUACUAAAUAUGAUGAUAUUAGUAAUGCUGGGAUUAGUAAGUGCAUUGUGUCGUUUGGUAGAGUGUACAAGAAUAGUACUAAAUAUGAUGGUAUUAGUAAUGUUGGGAUUAGUAAGUGCUCGGAUAGAAUAGGAUGACUUGAUGCCCACAGUAUAGGGAUCGUUUGGAAGAGUGUAUAGGAAUAGUACUAAAUAUGAUAUUAGUAAUGUUGGGAUUAGUAAAUGCUCGAAUAGAAUAGGAUGACUUGAUGCCCACAGUAUAGGGAUCGUUUGGAAGAGUGUAUAGGAAUAGUACUAAAUAUGAUAUUAGUAAUGUUGGGAUUAGUAAAUGCUCGAAUAGAAUAGGAUGACUUGAUGCCCACAAUAUAGGGGUCGUUUGGUAGAGUGUAUAAGAAUAGCACUAAAUACAAUGGUGUUAGUAAUGUUGAGAUUAGUAAGUGCUCGAAUAGAAUAGGAUGACUUGAUGCCCACAGUAAAGUGGUCGUUUGGUAGAGUGUACAAGAAUAGUACUAAAUGUGUUGGUAUUGGUAAUGUUGGGAUUAGUAAUUGCUCGAAUAAAAUAGGAUGACUUGAUGCCCACAGUAUAGGGGUAAUAUAUAAGAAUAGUACUAAAUACGAUGGUAUUAGUAAUGCUUGAAUAAGUAAGUGCUCGAAUAGAAUAGGAUGACUUGAUGCCCAUAGUGUAGUGGUCGUUUGGUAGUGUACAAGAAUAGUACUGGGAUUAUUAAUUGCUCGAAAAGAAUAGGAUGACUUGAUGCAGGGGCGGACCUACGUUGAUUUUUAGGGUGAUCCGGGACCCAUUAAACUCGAUGCGAAAUAGGUAUAAUUACAUAAGAAAUAUAUGAAAAUAGUUAUAAAAAAUAUAAAAGCACCCAUUGAAAUAAAAAGUUGGCUGGGUGCACUAGCAUUUAGGAUGAUCUUAGGGUUCUCCAGUGGAAGGGGCACCCAGGGUUCGAACCUUGUUGAGAUGAUUUUUUAUUUUUUUUCCAGCUUUUUAAACUUUUUAAGCACCCACGAUUCUUAAAUUCUUGGUCCGCCACUGACUUGAUGCCCACAAUAUAGGGUCGUUUGGUAGAAUGUAUGAGAAUAGUACUGCAAAUGGUGUAUUAGUAAGGCUAGGAUUAGUAAGUGCUCGAAUAAAAUAGGAUGACUUGAUGCCCACAAUAUAGGGGUCGUUCGGUAGAGUGUUUAAGAAUAGUACUGCAAAUGGUGUAUUAGUAAUGCUAGGAUUAGUAAGUGCUCGAAUAGAAUAGGAUGACUUGAUGCCCCCAAUAAAACUUGUAUUACUAAUACCAUGGUUUUUGCUAGGUAUUAAUUAUACACCCUAUAAUACUGAAUAGGGUGUAUAACUGAUAUAUGUAUUAGUAAUAUAUAGGCUUAAAUUAUCCUAUCAAACAAACGAUUAAAUAGCACGAUAACUAAUAAAUGAAUUAGAUUUUCUAAUGCAUCCUGCCAAACGACCAUAGGGUUUGACAAUAUGCUUCAGCAGUGGCGAAGCCAUAAAUUUUGUUAAAAGUAUUCAUGAUUUAAUAAUAUACGUAAAAAAAAAUAAUUUUUGACUUAUAUACUUGGUAUAAUUUUCUGUAUACAUGGUAUAAUUUUUCGACGGAGGGUGUUUGAUGGCCACCCCAUGUGGCUACGACACUAUGCUUCAGUGAAUAAUUUACUUUUUGACGUCUCUGUGGUAGUUUUCUAAUGUUAGAAAAUGGUGUGCUCUUCAUGAUGUGUUUGAUUAAUUGUUGACGGAUUUUUGUUUGGGGUUUGGUCGAAAAGUAAAUUCAGGUUGCUUUUUUAUUUCAGUUACCUAUCUGUAUGAUAAUGUUUUAAUUGAUUUGGAUUGUGCUUUAGUGAUUAAUCUCUCUGUUGCUGGUUUCUUGACUCUAUAAACUUAGAAUGCUAUAAUAUUUGCUCGGAUGAGAAUGAGUUGUGUGAAUGAAAAUUGGGUGGGGGAAUUGAAGCUUGUUCGAAUUUCCAGAUAAUGCAAAGUCGGCAUUCUAUUCCAAAUUUCUUUUGCUUAGCACAAGAAAUACAGUCGCCGUGUUACCAAGUACUCCGCUCAUCUGUAUCAACUCAGAAGCUUGAAGAACUUCUCAGAGGAUCUGUGAAAAUCACUUCUUGGUGCAUAGAAUCGACAUCGGCUGGAUCAUAGCAAAAGGAGGACACCAUGGAUGUUGAUUCAAAGCAGACUAUGGAGGAAACUAUCCUGGUGGGUGAUGAUCUGAUGAUGGGCCCGCCAUCGCCUGUUAUUCCACCUGAGAUAGCGUCUCAUGUACUCGAAGGUGUUGAUCUCUGUGACGGAAUCUUAAGAAAUCUGUUCCUCUGCUUACAAAUUAAUGAUAUCGAGCCAUUCUGUCAGGAUGAGAUUGCUUUAUAUCGGCAAUGUGCAGAGAGAAGGGAUAAGGAGCUCAGGCAACGCCUUCAAGAUAGUGAACAGAAAUUAGGGAUGUCAAUGCCUCUAGAUCAAGCAAAAGAAAGAGCCACUCAUCUAGAAUCAGAAGUCACAUCACUAGAGAGGCACUUGAUUUUGGCAAGUGGAGUUGAAGGUAUGGAAGGUUUUCGGCAACGAUGGAGUCUACAUGGUCGCAUGACUGAUACCAAGAAAAGACUGGAGGCUCUGAAGAGGGGAAUGGAUAACAGAAAGAAGGAUGAGCCAGCUGAAAAUAUCUCUACCAAGAAAAAAUGGUUCUUCUGGUGAAAAUAAUGGUUACUUUACUUUGUACUCUCUUUUGUAUCGCCUCGAUUGUCCUUCUGCAGAGGCGAAUCCAAGAUUUGAAGUUUUAGGAUUCCUUAGCGGGCAAAUAUAAAUACAAAUAUUUAGUGAAUUCUUAAUACAUAUAUGUUCUAUGCAAAAA